AUGGUCGUCCCUGCCCGGCAAUUGUUGGGGCUGUGGACGCGAAGGAUUUUGGAUGUAGCACUUGGGGCCUACGGCUUUUGCUUGCAGGGUCGCGAGGCGAGAGCUGUUCCAUGGGAGCCACGGGAACUUCUGCUCCAGGCCAGGAAAGAGCCACGAUACAUGGCGGAAUGCAAAGGAACACCACGCAUGGAAUAUCCUGAAAAUAUGAUUGACGGCGUGCGCCUUCGACCCACCUUCAAUCCAUACGUGCGGCUCACCAAGGCCAAGAGAUAUGUGCUCGAUAACUGGCCCUCGAGAAACUGGGCUGACUGGAACCCAUACAGCUGCUUCGUAAGAGGCAGCCGGCGGCGCUACCAAAUCCCGAAGGAUCUCAUGCCCUGUAAGGAUGAGCUAGGGGAAUGGCACCCUCCUCGACUUUCAGGCAGGUAUAAAGCUGAUGUUGAGCGACAGUAUCGACUCAAUGGACUUGAAUGGGUGUGGACGAAAUACUUCUAUAAGAAAAAGGUGCAUUUCCAAGACAGAGAACCUCUUGGUCCCAAGAGAUGGUACAUCAGAGAGUUUAGGCAGCAACAAGUGAGGGAAGCUAUGAGAAAGAUGGCUGACCUCGUAGCGGAAUAUCGCCAGGAGGUAAGGGAUAAGCAGCACUAUAACUGGUUUGAACGAGUGGUGCACGACUUCGCCGGCGAGCAACUUUCUUCAGAAUACCUCAGGAGCCGGAAGGAGCCGAAAUUGUAG